AUGGGAUAUCCCUGGUGGGCUGGAUUGCAUGAUCUAGUACCUCUCCCAGGCCAACGGAAAUUCCUUGUAUCAGAAGACCGCGGUCUGCAUGCGUUCGAUACCGAAGCGGGUCAACUCACAGAGCAUUAUGAGAACGUCACCCAUAAAUAUCUACCAGGGUUGGAAGUCACAACCGGUGAUCGCCAUGGGUAUGCUGGUAACGGGAAAUGGGAGGAGCUGCCCCAGUCGGACCUCAAGAGUUUUAACAUUGCCCCCGAUGGUAGUUUUGUCUACGCACAGUCUGUACAGUCCUUGUGGAUUAAGAUUCGUGGGUUUCACACGAGUCUGGUUGUUGACAGCAGGAGGCGAAAGAUGAUUAUUGGCGAUGAGAUCUACCGGCCGCGGUGGUUUGGAGAACUUGAUGGUUGGUCUAAACCUUGA